AUGGCUUCGCUCACUCCUGGAGUCCAACCUGGCAACCGACGACUUCCCUACGCUCCUGUGCACUCGCCUUCGGCUCCGGUAAUCAUGACAGCGGCUAACGGCCACUUUGCCAGUGUCGGCGACGACAGCGACAAGCAGCUGCAGUCGUUCGAGCACGGCAUCCAAGUCAUUGACGAGAACAAGACAUUCAACGCAAACCUACCAGCAUACCUCGACGUCGAACAUGUCCUGCGCCAGGGCUUCAACUACCACCUCAUCUCCGUCUUUGGCAGCCAGAGCACCGGAAAGAGCACCCUGCUCAACCACCUCUUCGGCACCCACUUUGGCGUCAUGUCCGAGUCGGAGCGCCGUCAGACCACCAAAGGAAUAUGGAUGAGCAAGAACAAGCACGACCAGGCCGAGGGAGGUGCCGUCAAGAUGGCAGACAACAUCCUGGUCAUGGACGUUGAGGGUACUGACGGCCGUGAACGAGGAGAGGACCAGGACUUUGAGCGCAAGAGUGCUUUGUUCGCCCUGGCCACCAGUGAGGUUCUGAUUGUCAACAUUUGGGAACACCAAGUCGGUCUGUACCAAGGCGCCAACAUGGGUCUGCUCAAGACCGUCUUCGAGGUCAACCUGCAGCUGUUCCUCAAGGACAACAAGUACGAUCAUGUCUUUUCCCCUAUUCGACUCGCAAUCCUCUCUGACUUUCUUCUCUCANNCAGCUCAACACCUCGCUCGCUCCUCUUCUUUGUCAUUCGCGACCACAUUGGCACUACUCCCCUGUCCAACCUGCGUCAGACUCUUCUUGCCGACCUCACCCGCAUCUGGUCAACCCUCUCUAAACCCCCCGGCCUCGAGAACUCCAAGAUUGAAGAUUACUUUGACUUUGCCUUCACCGCUCUGCCCCACAAGAUCCUGCAGCCUGAACAGUUCGUCGAGUCCGUCGCCAAGCUAGGCUCGCGCUUCCGCGAAGGUCAGAAGAGUUCUAGGACGAACCCCUUUUCCGACGAGCAAGCCGAACCUAUCUUGCUGCCCGAGUACCACCGCAGGAUUCCCGCCGAUGGCUUCUCCAUGUACGCUGGAAACAUCUGGGAACAAAUUGACAGCAACAAAGAUCUCGAUCUACCAACCCAGCAAGAGCUCUUGGCCCAAUUCCGAUGCGACGAGAUUGCUCGCGAGGUACUCGUUGCCUUCGACGAAGUCAUCACACCUCUCGAGUCCAAGCAAGCAGAUGCUGCAAAGUCUGGCUCACCAAGUGUACUCUCAGGCCUCGGCAAAGCUAUGAACGGAGCUCGUGCAAAGGUCCUCAAAGACUUCACCAGCGAAGCAAGCAGAUACCACCAGGGCGUCUAUAAGCGCAAGAGUGCCGAGCUCGAGAGCAACGUCGACGCAAGAUUGAAGACUCUUUUCCAGGGCCAGCUUUCAGCCGCUCACAAGACUGGCGUUCAACAAUUCACCGAAACUGUUUCUACUGCAGUCAAGUCUGGUCAGAAGAAGGGUAGCAACUACGAUUUCCAAAAGAUUGUCAACGCCGAGAAGCAAAACGCUCUUGAGAAGUACGAGCAGGAAGCUUCGGAUCUCGUAAUUCAAGGUGCCUCCUGGAGCAACUACCAACAAGAACUCGACCUGUACCGCAAAGAUCUCGAUGAAGCCAGCGCAAGACUUCGCAAGGAUGAGAUGCGUCGUCUUGCCUCUCGUGUGGAGCGCUGGGUUCGUUCUCACCUUGGUGAGUCUAUUGGCGUGCAAUUCAACAAGCUCGGUUCCGGCCGUGGUGGCUCUGGCGCACCCGAGACUGGCGAGAGGGGCUCGAUUGAGAAAGACCUGUGGGACCGCAUCUGGCUUGUCUUUACCGAGACCGUCAAACACGCAGAAACACGCUUCACUGAGCGCGCAAAGGGCUUCGAUGCUAGUCCCGAAGAAGUCGAAAUUGGGCUCUGGCGUCUGCGCCGUAAGUCGUGGGGUGUACUGAGAGCCAAGAUUGACGAGGAGGUCAUGGAAGGAAACCUGCUCCUCAAGCUCAGAGAAAACUUCGAGGACAAGUUCCGCUACGACGAGGAAGGCGUGCCUCGUAUUUGGCGUCCUUCUGAUGAUAUCGAGGGUAUCUACACACGCGCAAGGGAAAGCACGCUCGAGCUCAUUCCUCUGCUUUCCAAAUUUAAGCUUCACGAGACAAAGUCCUUGCCGCCGCUCGAAGAGUGGAUUGGCCAGACACCUACUGGUCUCUCUGCUGCUGACGAAGAGGAUCUGCAUCCUAUUGGUGGCGUCGACGAGGAAGACGGCAAGACUCUCGAUGAGGAAAUGACCGUCCUUAGCGACGCAAAGAAGCAGGACCUUAGUGUGCGAUUCAAGAAGACUGCAGACGGCGUAUACGUAGAGGCCAAGCGCAGCGCCAUUGGUGGCGUCACUCAAGUACCUCUCUACUUCUACGGUCUCUUGCUCGCAUUGGGCUGGAACGAGAUUGUCGCUGGUAAGUUUAUUCUCUUUCUUCAAUGUUGCCUUGUUCCCACUAACACUGUUGACNNAGUCCUCCGUAACCCUCUCUACUUUGUCUUCCUCAUCCUCCUCGGUAUUGGCGGCUACGUGACCUACACACUAAACCUCUGGGGCCCCAUCAUUCGUAUGACCAAUGCCGCCAGCGCUCAAGGACUUGAAGUGUUCAAGGAGCGCCUGCGUGAGUUCCUCGAGACGUCCGAUACAGGCCGUCAAGCCAUGGCUAUGUCAGGUAGCAAACCGUCUGAGCGUGAACAAUACAGGUAA